AUGACGAAACUAGUAUUGACAAAGGUAUGUGCACGAAUGUUGCAGGUGACGGUAGCCAGCACGAGCACGACAAGCACCAACACGGUUCAUCCCAGCGUAAACGACAUGGACUGGUUUGCCGGUGUGGCCGAGGAGGAACUGCUGUACUACACGGGCGUCGGGAACGACGUCGACUCUCUUUGGGCUGUGAUAGGGAGCUUCGUGCCUCCGCCGCCUAGACCACCUUAUUUACCGGAGGAGGGUGUUACCACCGACGGACUUACCACCUGUGAUUUGUGUUCGUGGGCGUGGAGGAACGACAGGCAUUCCUUCUCUCUCGAUGGCACCCUCGAAGCUCCUGGCGAACUUGGAUGGGUGCUGACUCUAGUGAUAGUGUCCCUAGUAUCCGCUGGCAUCGGCGCCGUGGUCAUGGUGACGCUUCUUCACUGUCGAAGAUUAAAAAGCGCUGGUGGCAGAGCGAAUUGCUGCAGCGUCGGCGUCGAGGACUCGAACGCUCAAGAAGCCGGCGGCCCAGGUGGUGGAGGCGGAGCUGGCGGUGGAGUGGCCGUUAUACCCGACCGGCCGCCUCUUGAACUGGAUAAGCUACCACCUUAUCACGACGUCGCUCCCAGCCCUGGGCACAAUGUGUGGUCGUGGUUAGGCUCGCGACGCGGCGGCGGUACACCGGGAGUCGUCACGACGCCUCUGUCGCUUCCGCAACACAGACGGGCGAUGAAUCUCCCGGUGGAGAACCACUACACCCACAUGCAAACGGACGAGGCGCUCUACGCAGAACUGGACUCUCAGGCCGCGAGCUACGCGAGCGAUCUGCAGCUACAAAUGAGAGGAAGCUCGACGUACGGUACAACUUCCGGCGGCCAAGACGACGAAUACCACGAGUUAGAUGCCGCGAGGUUACAUCGUCAUUACGGUGGAAGCAACGGGGACGGAUCUUUGCAGAGGGACACGCUUCGUACGCGCCACAGUAAAAGGUUACAAGAACCGGAUUACGAGAUGUACGAGAACGGACCUUCGACGCCGGUCCCGCCGGGUCAGAUGCAACAUCAUCAUCACCAUCACCACCACCACAAUCAUCACCAUCACCAUCAAGACCUGCGGAUGGGCAGCAGGAACGGCGACCAUCCGUCGUAUCAGAACACGGCGUACACCGGAAGCGACGCGGAACCGGACGGCCCUACCCUCAGCAGCGCACCCAGCAGCGCUUACUAUAGUGACCUAAGCUCGAAUUCGGCGAAUCAGCAGAUGCCAGCGGCCGCCACUUCCGGGAGCAACACGAAUCUUCACAUGAACCAACAGGGCCUGGAAACGCCUCAGUACCGAUUGGCCGCGAUAAACGAGAGCUCGGUACCCUCGGACUAUAUCUAG